AUGGACACCGAUGGGCUCGAAAGAAUCAUCGUAUCACUUGGGAUGUUCAUCAUAGAUGACUUUCAAUUCCACGACGACGAUGACCAGCCAACGGGCAAAAUCCUGCCACCUCAGGAAAGCUCAUGUCUACUCGCCGCUGAAGUUGUCUUGCUCCCUGCCGAGGCAGUUGGGAUGAUCGUUGAUAGAGGCAAUGACUUUCCCGGGAGCAUACAGAAACAGCUUGAUGCUCUAGGGCAUCAUGCGUGGCUAUUCAGAGACAAUAACGAGCGAGUAACGACACGCGCACUCAACUCUUACAAGGGUGAUCGCAGGGGAUUCCAGUACACAACUCCACGAAUACGACUUACACCGCGAGACCUAAUUGGGUCUGACUUCCAGCGACCUAAGAUGCUGCACUUUAUUUGUUCCCCUACAAGAGCAGCGACGAUUGUAUCCGAGAUCAAGGAUGAGGAUGGUUGGAAUCCAAUCACCAUUUAUGAACCUAUACCCGAUAGAUGCAUACCUGAAGAACUACCUGCGUUGAUUAACGUGCUCCCUUCUAUCUCUGUUCUCAGCCCCAACGCAGAAGAGGCAUUGUCACUUCUCUCCAUCCCUGGACCGCCCACCAAAACUUUGGUAGAGGAAGCAUGCGGUCGACUCUUGCAACUUGGAGUUGGCCCACAAGGCGAGGGAGUUGUUGUGAUACGUAGCGGGGCCUUGGGCGCAUUCGUUGCCAGUAAGGGCAGAGAGGGUACAUGGGUCCCUGCAUUCUGGAAUGGUGACGAGGACCUCAAGCAUGUCGUCGAUGUUACAGGCGCAGGAAAUGGCUUUUUGGGCGGUAUGGCUGCUGGCUUGCACAUUACCGGAGGUGAUACCUAUGAAGCUACACUAUAUGGCACAAUCUCCUCAUCUUUCAUUAUAGAACAAGAGGGACUUCCCCAUCUCACUCAAAGAUCUGACACUAUCGGGCAUUUGGGAGAAUAUUGGAAUGGAGAUUUGCCACAUAGAAGGCUGAAAGUGCUACAAGAUCGUCUGCAGAAGGUUACGUAG